UAAAGAAGAAGAAGACUACUCAGUGACCAGUCUGGUGCCCUGUCAUCACACAUUGCAUUCAUUCUCUGCGCACUCUGCAAAUGAUGAAGACAUUCCCCGUGCCCUUUCCUUGCCCCGCCCUUGUUUUACUGGUUUCGGCCCAACCAGUUUAGCCUCUCUGUCUGUUUACUCUAUAUAACUCAGGCCAGUCGUACCUAGCAGCAAACCGUCACUUUGCUGCUGUGCCGACACAAGUCACAGACUGUCACAGCAUCUUUCCUGCAUUAGACGGACGAGUGACCAAGUUGACGAGCAUGGCAUCCGAGCAUGACAACUGCCACCUGUGUAAGGAAUACCUCAGGGAUGCUGUGUCUAUUCCGUGCGGGCACGUCUUCUGCUCCAUUUGCCUGAAGACAUACUGGGACCACGCAGAUCACACGGGCACGUACCUCUGUCCGCAGUGUCGGGUCACCUACAACAAGAGGCCCACGCCGAGACGCGUGGGAGGCUCCCGGAACUCCACUCUGCAACGCAGCUCGGAUCCCUUCCCGCCGCCACCUCCGUCCCCUGACUACAACAUGGCCGGGCCGCAGGACGUGGGAUGCGACAUUUGUGUCGGCAAGAAGAACAAAGCUGUCAAGACCUGCCUGAUGUGCCUGGCCUCCUACUGCGACAAGCAUCUCAAACCCCAUUAUGAGUCGGCCACUUUUAAAAGGCACAAGCUGGUGGAUGAAAUUGGUCAUCUGGACCGGCAGAUCUGUCCCCAGCACCAGAAGGGUCUGGAGCUCUUCUGUCGCACGGACCAAAUGUGUAUCUGUGUGCUGUGUACGGUGAAAGAACACAAGGGUCACGACAUGGUGUCUGCUGAGCAGGAGAGGGCUGAAGAACAGCAACGCCUCGGUGCCACCCAGGCUGAGAUCCAGGAAAAGAUUCACGAUCGACUCAAGCAGAUGGAGGAGCUGAAACAAGCCGUAGAUGUACUCAAGACCUCAGCCCAGAGAGCGUUGCAGGAGUGUGAGAAGAUGUUUGCCGACAUGAUGCGCUCCAUUGAGAGGAUGCAGCAAGAGAUGGCCAAGAUGAUCUCCACCAACAAGAGGGCGGCGCUCAACAACGCCGAGGGUCACAUGGAGCGUCUGGACCACGAGAUCACUGACCUGAAGAGGAGAGACAACGAGAUCACUCAGCUGUCCCGCACUGAGGACCACAUCCACUUCAUCCAGACCUACCACAUGCUAAUUGCCCAGACCGAGGCUGAGGAGCUGCCCACAGUGACCGUUAACCCUUACUUCACCUUCGGCCCGGUUACGAAGGCCGUGUCCGAGAUGAAACAGCACCUGAAUGAAUUUGGCAACGAUGAGCUGGUGAAAGUGGCCAAAACGGUCAACAAAAUGACCUUUUGCCAACUGGAGGACUCCAAAAAGAAGCGCACAUCAAAAGUCGAUGACGCCCCCAUGUACAGAUCUGUGCAAGUCCAGGAACCUCAACACAGGGAUGAUUUCCUCAAAUAUGCUUGCCAGCUCACUCUGGACCCAAACACGGCCUACAGACAGCUCUACCUGUCUCGAGGAAACAGGAAAGCUGCCCUUAAGAGAGACCCCCAGUCUUACGGUGACAGCAACGCCAGGUUUGACUCCCUGCCCCAGGUUCUGUGUAUGGAGGCCCUCUCGGGCGGCGCCUACUACUGGGAGGUCGACUGGAGCGGGGAGGGGGCUGCCGUCGGCAUCACCUACAAAGGCAUCAAGAGGACGGGCUACGGGGACAGCUGCCGCAUCGGCUACAACCGCAAGUCUUGGAGCCUCUUCUGCUCCGACGCCAGCUACUCAGCACGCCACAACAAGGACCAGAUAGAGGUCAAGGCCCCCUACUCGUCUAGAAUUGGGGUGUUCCUCGACCACGCCGGGGGAACGCUAUCUUUCUACGCUAUUGGAGAAACCAUGUCUCUCAUCCACCGCUUCAAGGCGCCAUUCAGCGAAGCCGUCUAUCCAGGCUUCUGGGUUUGGUACGAGUCAGCCAUCACUCUCAUCCAACUCUGAUUAGUUACCAAAUAUCACGUACAAUAGUCGUGAUGAUAUACAUCAGGGGUGUCCAAACUUUUUGCACCGAGGCCCAUAUGCUUAAAAAUGAAAGGAUGCAGGGGCCGAUUUGCUAUUUUGUAAAGCAACACGUGUAGAUAUGCUAUGACGUUAUACAAAUUUCAAGAAAAAAACGCAUCUCUGAAAAAGCCUAUUAUUAGUAUGAACUUUGCUCUUUUCUUCAUUUUUUUUUUUUUUUUUUUAAUUUUUCAAAUAUUUCAACCUUCUUUUAAAAUAAACUUUUUAUAUUUACUUCUGGUAAUAUUAUGAGUUGAUUCCUAUAAUAUUUUAAUAUAUUAUAACUAUUUCCCCAACCUAAUGACAACUUUCAUUUGUUUUGUUUCUCGUAACGUUCCAUUUUCUUGAAUAUUUCAAUGUUAUGCCACUAAAAUGACAUUAUUUUUUACACCGUUAUUGUCGUAAGAAAAUGUAUCUUAAUAUUUUCUUGUAAAAUUACUGCAAAUGUUUCCAUUAUUGGGAUUUCUAACAAAGUUUUCUUGUUCAAUUUUCCUUUUAAGAAUGUGCCGUGGGAGAAUAAAAAAAAAACAGCCACGGGCCGCACUUUGGACACCCUUGAUAUACAUUUAUUUGGAGUGUUGGGGGGAAUUAUUGAGUGACUAAAUAUUGUGCAAGUGUGUGAUUUGCAGAACGGGGUGAACAAAUUACAUGAACACACCGUACCCAAGUUUAAAAUCAGCUUUUAAAUCAAAAUGAGCUGUACUUGAUUGAAACGUUUGUGAUUGUACAGGCUCUACUGUAUAUGCAGCAUUUAUUUUUUCAAUAAACAUUUUGUAUGAAGGGACGUCUGUCGUUGGACUUUUGUCAUCAUUUUCACUCAAAACUUCCCAGCUUUUUCAAUUAACUCAACUUUUAAUCAGAAAGUUGUA